UAGCCGCAUUUCCACACUACUAACGUGUUUCGACAAUGAAAACAGGCGAAUAAAUGGCGUUGUUUGUCACUUCCUCUCGUGACGUCACUGUGUUUGUGUUGCGCGGACACACUGGCAGAUUAGCUACAGACCUGCAGCUGUUUUCACUCGUGCAGGUACCGUUUUAACACCUACUUGUCUUCUAUUACAUACUUUACGUUUUGCUUUUUUUCGUGCGCUUGAGCCCAAGAAGAUCCUGAGGAUCAUUUUUCCCACUUUCACAGCCAUCUCAUCUCGGUGUGGCGUCACCCGGUCUGGGUGAAAUGUCCUUUAGUUCCACAUGAGCUCUACUAUGUGGUACAUCAUGCAGAGUAUUCAGAGCAAAUACUCAUUGUCAGAAAGACUCAUUCGAACCAUAGCGGCCAUUCGCUCCUUCCCACAUGAUAACGUGGAAGACCUUAUACGCAGGGGAGCAGAUGUGAACAGAAUGCACGGCACGCUGAAGCCCCUGCACUGUGCCUGUAUGGUGGCUGAUGCUGAUUGUGUGGAGCUUUUGCUGGAGAAAGGCGCAGAGGUAAAUGCCUUGGAUGGUUACAACCGCACUGCCCUGCAUUACGCAGCGGAGAAGGACGAGGGUUGCGUGGAGCUGCUUCUAGAAUACGGGGCCCAGCCGAACGCACUGGACGGCAACAAGGAUACCCCGCUGCACUGGGCCGCCUUCAAAGAUAACCCCGAGUGCGUACGGGCCCUGUUGGAGAGCGGCGCGUGUCCGAAUGUCCGCGAUUACAAUAACGACACGCCCCUCAGUUGGGCGGCCAUGAAGGGCAACCUGGAGAGCGUACGUGUGCUGCUCGAGUACGGCGCUCAAGUUCACGUCACCAACCUAAAGGGUCAGACGCCCAUCUCGCGGCUGGUGGCGCUGCUGGCGCGGGGCCUGGGCACGGACCAGGAGGAAGAGUGCCUGGAGCUGCUGUGCCGUGCCGCGGGGAGGUUCGAGAUCCGCAGGGCCGACGGCUCCUUACCUCGUGAGCUCAGUAAAGAUCCUCAGUUACUGGCUCGACUCACUAACCUGGUAGCCCAACCGCCCUCGUUGCGAGCCUUAGCGCGCUGCGCCGUUCGUAAUAGCCUGGGAGUGCAGUAUCUCCCAACUGCAGUGAAACAGCUCCCGCUUCCAGAGUCCGUGAAAGAAUAUGUGCUCCUCAGAGACUGAGCGAGAAGAAUGUCCUUAAUGUCAGACGUGGAGGAGGUAGAUGUCUUCUGUCCAUGUGAACAUGUGAUUGUAAUCAGACUGCAAUCUGAAGUGUGUCUGUCCAUAUACAGUGAGGAAGUCGCCCAUUUUGAGUUUUUUUUGUUGCUGUAAUGUCAUCAAGCAAAUUCAGACUUGGGUUGCAGUACGAUUAUGUUUUUUGGUGCAGAGGAAUAGGUAGGAUCUGGUAGGAGAAAGAUGCAUUUAUGAACCCGUAAUGUUAAAAUAGCAGCAGAUAAUAAUAUAUAUGCAAAAACAAGAAAAUAAUUUAAAAAUAUUAUUUACCAGUAAAUCCAGUGGAAACAAAAAAUAACACUUUAACAGCACUUAAGUUAUAAUCAUAUAUUAAAUUUGUGUUUCAAACUUCUAUUUUAAGUUUUUUUUAUUUAUGCAGUAAUAUUUGAUGUUUUUAAAGGUAAUAACUGAAGCCUUUGGAUGAAGUUUUAAAGUCAAAUAAAUAUUAACGUUUUUGUUAAAUCGUUUCCCAGUCAUCAAAAAUAAGUUUGUUUUGGAAAAAUUUUGCACAAAUGUAGUAAAUUUGCCACAAAACAGCCUUGUUUUACAUUUGUUUACCAAUCUCUGGCAUUUUGAAGCAGGACAAUGUAAGAACACUUUCAAACCAAUGUCUGUUUCUGUCCCUCUAUCACUUUCAUAAUCAUAAAUAUUUCUCAUGAAAACUUAAUAUUACUACCUGAUUUAGAGUGUUGGAUUGUAUUACAUUUUUUUGGUGCUGAUGAUUGCAGAAAAUGAGCUGUGCUUUUACGUUUGAGAUGAAAACCUUAACAAGAACCUUCUGUGUCAAUAUUGGGAAUGUUCAUUUUUUCAGCCUCACAGCGUCACGUUAGCAUGAUCAUUCCAAAUGUUGGCAGACUGAAUGGGAUGUCUUAAAUGAAUUGAUGUCAACACUUGUGUCACAUCUUGUAAACCUCAAGAGAUUUUUUGCAGCUGUUUUCAUUUAUCUGCUUGAAUAAGUAUGUAGUGCUUACUUCUAGUUUUAUGCAUGCAGACUAACCAGUAAAAGACUUCAUGCAUUGUUCAA